GAUUGGCCUGUAGACGUCACUCACUACAAGCCCCGCCUUCUUCAGAGAAGUAUUAUACUUCUCUGGCUGUCGCAGUGAACAAGAAACUUCAACACCACAGACACCAAAAUGAUCAAUUGGAAGGCUUUGGACAAUGUCCCCUUGCUUCUGUACAUCCUGGCCCUGAAGACGCUGCUGCUGUGUAUGGCGUUUGCCGGGGCGAAGAUCUACCAGAGUAAGAAAGCAGACCAGGCCCUGAAGAAGCAGCAGGAUGAGAGGAGGAGGCUGGCCCAGCAGACGCAGGAGCUCAUAGACAACAAGAAGGAGGACUGAGCAGAGAGGAGAAGCUGCUCUACACGGGGAGACGCGUUACCGACCUGAGGAACAAGCCACCUACUCCACCUACGAGCCAGAUGUCUGACUGUCAGCAGCAGGAGGACCUUCCUGUGCUUUAGGAAAUUGUUUGCGGUUCCAGUACCAGUUUUUAUAUAUAUAUAUAUAUAUAUAUAU